AUGCCGGGCUGGCCCGGCGCCUGCCCGAGGCCCAGCUCCUCUCUGCGACUUCCGGCGCAGGCCCGGCCGGGCCUCAGGCUCCGGGCAGCGCCCCCUGCCGCCUCUGGGGCCUGCCCACCCCCCGGGGAGGGUCCCCCCAGGGGGGGCAGCCCCCCUCUGCGGCCCGCCGGCAGCCCUCCUGGGGGCUCCGGGGGCCGCGCGCCUGCGCCGGAAGUGCCUCCGGCCUACUUCCGGCGCAGGCCCGGCCGGGCCUCAGGCUCCGGCCAGCGCCCCCUGCCGUCCUUUGGGGCCUGCCCACCCCCCCGGGGGGCUCCCCCCUGCGUGUGCUCCCCCCUGCGGCCCGCCGGCAGCCCUCCUGGGGGCUCCGGGGGCCACGCGCCGGCGCCGGAAGUGCCUCCGGCCUACUUCCGGCGCAGGCCCGGCCGGGCCUCAGGCUUCGGGCAGCGCCCCCUGCCGCCUUUGGGGGCCUGCCCACCCCCCGGGGAGGGUCCCCCCGGGGGACAGCUCUUCCCUGCGGCCCGCCGGCAGCCCUCCGGGGGCUCCGGGGGGCCGCGCGCCGGCGCCGGAAGUGCCUCCGGCCUACUUCCGGCGCAGCACGUCCCGGCGCCCCCACCCCGGUAG